AUGCUUAUAGCGACUGUUUGCCUACUGACAGGGAUUCUAUUCUUCCUCAAGGAUUCAAAACUCAAGAAGCUUCUUCUUCAAGAUAAAGUCGUCGUCAUUACAGGAGGAACACAAGGACUAGGGCUAGCGAUCGCGAAAGAAUGUGUCAAGCGAAAAGCGAAAGUUGUUCUUAUUUCCAGAAGAACUAUCGACCCACUAUCAGAAGAAGGAUUGAAGGACGGCUGUGUGGAGAGUUUGAGCGCCGAUGUGACGAAUCCAUCCGACUUGGAAAAAGCGUUUUCUACAAUCAUCAGCAACAGCGAAUUCGGAAAGAUUGAUGUACUCAUCGCUUCUGCUGGACUCAGCCGCUCAGCGCGAACCGAAGACCUGCCGUUUCAACAGAUUCAAUCGCAAAUUGACGUCAACACUCUAGGUGUGAUGAAUGCUGUCCGAGCUGCACUGCCAAUACUCAAAUCCCAAAACACGAACUCUCGAAUCGCCAUCAUCAGCUCCGUCGCCGGCCAAAUCGGGCUCUGGGGAAUGUCUGCUUAUUGUGCCAGUAAAUUUGCGCUCAGAGGAUUCGCUGAUGCUCUUGGUAUGGAAUUGGAAGGCUCAAACACUGCUGUUACGAUCAUUUAUCCGCCGGACAUGAAUACUCCUGGCUUGGCGACGGAGAAUUUGACCAAACCUGAAGCUAUUUCUGCUCUUGCUGAUGAAGUAGAACCAGAUAGCAUCGUUCCCGGAAUCGUCAAUGCCGUGGAAAACGGACAAACGGACCAUUCAAUCGGAAUCGACGGCUGGUUUGCCACGCGAGUAACUGCUGGACUAGGACCGACGAAUUCGUUUUUGAAUCUUUUCUUUGAAGUCUUUUUCGGCGGAGUGAUGCGGCUCAUCGCCCUCGUGUAUAGAAAAGUCAUCAGAUAUACGAUCAACAAGUGCGAAAGAGAACUGGAAAAGAAGAGCAAAAUUCAUCAACCCGCUGAAAAAACUGACUUCUGA